AUGGCGCCCAAACCCAUCCCCCACAACACAAAAUCAUCAUUUUCUUUUCCUAGACACAUGAAAUUGUGUUUACCAUCGUUUGGGGCAACUCUAAUUCUUUUCACUCUAUGGAUCUAUAACAAAGAGCCCAACUUUUCGUCAUCGUCCUUGUCCAAGCCCAGCACCAAAGACCCUGUCAAAGAAACAUUGUACGACGACCCAAAUAUCCAUUUUUAUAAUUGGGACAUGAAAAGAGGGCUUUGGCUAAAAAACAACCCAAAUUUGGCAUCAAACAAUAGUGUGAUGGUUGUAAGUGGUUCUCAGACUUCGCCUUGCAAAUCCCCAAGUGGAGAUCACUUUUUGCUUAGAUUUUUCAAGAACAAGGUUGACUAUUGUAGAAUUCAUGGGUACAAAAUUUUCUACAACAACGCUUAUUUGGAGCCCAACAUGAGAUAUUUUUGGGCCAAAAUUCCAGUCCUCAAGGCUGCCAUGUUGGCCCAUCCGGAAACGGAGUGGCUGUUUUGGGUCGACUCGGAUGCUGUUUUUACGGAUAUGGAGUUUACGAUUCCUUUGGAAAGGUACGAAGGUCACAAUAUGGUGGUCCACGGUUUUCCCAAUAUGAUCUACGAGGAUAAGAGCUGGGUUGGGUUGAAUGCUGGUGUGUUUCUAAUUCGCAACUGUCAGUGGACUGUGGAGUUUUUAGAUGUUUGGGCCAAUAUGGGCCCAAUGAGCCCAGACUACAACAAAUGGGGCAAGAUCUUAUCAGAGACUUUGAAGGACAGGUUGUUCCUAGGCGCGGACGAUCAAUCUGCCCUCGUUUACUUGCUUCUUAAAGGAGAUAAAAAAUGGACGGACAAGAUUUACGUGGAAAAUCAAUAUUAUUUGCACGGCUAUUGGCUACCACUUGUCAAAAAGUUUGACAAUAUUGCUAAGAAGUACAUAGAGAUCGAAAAACGUGUCAAGAUGCUCAGGCGGCGGCAUGCGGAGGCUGAGAUGCGGAGGCACGUCGGGGAGGGUCCCGAUGACUGGCGGCGGCCAUUUGUGACCCACUUUACGGGGUGCCAGCCGUGCAGUGGGGACCACAAUCCAAAUUACAAGGGAGAUUCUUGUUGGAUAGAAAUAGAGAGAGCACUGAAUUUUGCGGAUAAUCAAGUGCUUAGGAAUUACGGGUUUGUGCACCCGAGUUUAAAGAAUGGGUCGCUCGUGAGGCCGUUGCCCUUUGACUACCCGAGUGAUGUCUUGGAUUAUUUUACAUAA